GUUCUGUCACGUGACAGAGUCGUCGCUCCUGGUUGGUCGCUGCUCGUUUUGUGUGGUCAUUGAUCCAAGAUGGCGCCCAGCCUGGUGGAGCAUGUUGUGGCUGACGCAGGAGCGUUUCUAAAGAAAGCUCCUCUGCAGGAGAUCGGCAGCAACAUCUACACAUUGAGAGACGUGGUGGAUGAGAUCAGAGACAAACCCACCAGGAGGAGUCUGGCCUUCCUGCCCUACCAGCUCAAAUUCAAAGAACCAAACCCGGAACACAUCAGACAUGUGACGGAGUUCUCGAAGAAGACCGGCGACUACCCGAGUCUUUCAGCCACCGACAUCAAGGUCCUGGCUCUGACGUACCAGCUGGAGCUGGAGCAUGUCGGCUCCGGACACCUGAGGAGCGAGCCGGAGGUCAAGGUUAAUGUUCACAGCACACAGCGCCACCCAGAGACGCCUGUUAACGUCGCAGGAUUCCACUUCCCCUCAAAGAAACCCGUGGACGGUCCGAGCAUCCGACAGACUCGAACAGAGACGCAGACGUCAAACCCGACCGGCGGCGGCGACGAGUUCAACAGCUUCCAGUUCUGGAGAGAGGCGCUCCCGAGCCUCGACGACGACCUGCUGCAGUUACUGGAUCCAGUGGAGGUUGUUGCGAGUUCGAGCGUCAAACAGAAACAAACGUCUCCCGCGACGGACGACGGCGACGAGUUCAACAGCUUCCAGUUCUGGAGAGAGCCGCUGCCGAGCCUCGACGACGAGCUACUGCAGUCACUGACGGAGGACCAAUCGGACGACGAGGACAAAGAGAACGUGCUUGACGAGGAUGAUGAUGACGACGACGGAGGAGGUUGGAUCACGCCCAGUAACAUCCAACAGGUGAAGAUGGACACGGCCGAUUGGACGGCUCCCGCUGAUGUCACGGUCGGAUGUCUGACCACCGACUUUGCCAUGCAGAACGUCCUCAUCCAGAUCGGACUCCACGUUCUGUCCGUCAACGGGAUGGUAAUCAAACAGGCGAGGAACUACAUCCUGAGGUGUCACGCCUGCUUCAAGACGACGAGUAACAUGGACAAAGUUUUCUGUCCCCACUGUGGAAACAAAACUCUGAAGAAGCUGGCGGUGACGGUCGGCGAGGACGGCGGCGUGCAGAUGCAUUUCUCCAAGAACCCCAAAGUGCUGAACCCGAGAGGACUGAGGCACUCGCUGCCUCGGCCUCAGGGCGGGAAACACGCCAACAACCCGCAGUUGGUGGAGGACCAGCUCUUCCCCCAGCAGAGACUUUCCCGAAAGGCCCGUCAGAAGAACGACGUCUUCAACCCCGACUACGUGGCCAAGGCGUCGCCGUUCUGUGAGAACGACAUCUACAGCCGAGCGGCGAACCUGCAGAUCCGUGACGGUCAGUGCGGCGGCGGCAGGCGGCGGGCCAACCCCAACGCCGCCCGCAAGAAGUUCGUUAAGAAGAAGUGAGCGGACGCACGAGGACCUGACGUCAUCAGAUCUGUCUGACAUCACAUACGAGACUCUUUCCACCAUCCCAGAGCAAAUUAACCUGUUACAGUUUCUGCACAUAAUCAAUACAUCUUUUUAUUUAAUUUUUUUUUACUUCAACGUCAUGUGGCAGCUCUCCGCUGGUGCGUUCACUGACACACUGACAUCCGAGGUUCAAGAAUCAGCUGCUACUUAAGGAUAAUUUAAUUAUUAUUACUAAUUAUGUGAAAACCAUCAGAUAACGUAACAAACUUUAUUAUCAGAUUCACAUUUUUCCUUUCACAGCAUCUGUUUGUCCCUUUUACUUCCUACCUGUAUUGUUGGUCGCCUCUUCAAACUCCGUCUCCUUUGUUCUCACCCACACUGAAAUGACGUCAUGACUCUUGAAGGAAAUCAAUGUAGAAACUGUUGGAUGGUUUGAAAACAGUGGAAUGGUCCUAAGUAUCAAAGCAUGUUGUACACCCCCCCUCACCUCACCCACCGGCGUGUUGGGACUGAGCCUAAUCAAUAUCUGUAUCAAUAACCAAUAAAUGAGGAUUGACUUGAA